AUGGCCGCACAAGUAGCAAACGGUGGCAGCGGAAAUGCUGCCUUCAAGGACAAGGAGAAGCCCAGAGCUGUUCGCAGCGCCAACAUCAUUGCUGCACGAGCUGUGGCAGAUGCGAUCCGAACUUCCUUGGGGCCAAAGGGUAUGGACAAGAUGAUUCAAACUGGCAAGGGCGAAACCAUCAUCACCAACGAUGGAGCCACGAUGCUCAGCCAGAUGAGCGUUCUGCACCCCUCCGCAAAGAUGCUCGUCGACCUCGCACACGCCCAAGAUAUCGAAGCUGGAGACGGUACAACCUCAGUCAUCGUCAUCGCUGGAAGUCUGCUAGGCGCCGCCGAGCGUCUGCUGUCCAAGGGCAUCCACCCGACCGUCAUCUCAGAGGCUUUCCAGCGCGCAGCACGAGAGGCGAUAGAGAUCUUGACAGACAUGUCCAUCCCCAUCUCCCUGACCGAUAGGCCGACUCUGCUCAAGACAGCUACCACUGCGCUCUCGUCCAAGAUCGUCGCACAGGAGCCAAAGUUGCCAAUCAUGGCCGUCGACUCGGUCCUGAAGAUCAUUGACCCCAAGACUGCAGACAACGUCGACUUGAAGAACAUCAGGAUGAUCAAGAAGCAGGGUGGCACCAUCGAAGACAGCGAGAUGAUCGACGGGUUGGUCCUCAAUCAGCCCGUGGUAAAGAGCGCCGGUGGGCCCACAAUCAAGGAGAAGGCACGGAUAGGUCUCAUCCAGUUCCAGCUGAGCCCUCCCAAGCCGGACAUGGAGAACCAGAUUGUUGUAAACGACUACAGGCAAAUGGACAAGAUCCUCAAGGAGGAGCGAACCUACCUGCUCAACAUGGUCAAGAAAAUCCAGAAGGCGAAGUGCAACGUUCUCUUCAUCCAGAAGUCAAUUCUGCGCGACGCUGUCAACGAUCUCAGCCUGCACUUCCUGUCGAAGCUCAAGAUCAUGGUCAUCAAGGACAUCGAGCGCGACGAGAUCGAGUUCAUCUGCAAGAGCACUGGUUGCAAACCGAUUGCAGACGUUGACUCGUUCACAGAGGACAAGCUUGGUUCGGCAGACCUGAUCGAGGAAGUUCAGGCAUCAGGCGCACGCUACGUCAAGGUCUCUGGUGUUAAGUCGGUAGUAUCGACCGUUUCCAUUGUCUGUCGUGGAGCCAACUCACUCAUUCUGGACGAAACCGAGCGCUCGCUGCACGAUGCCCACUGCGCUAUCCGUUCGUUGGUCAAGAAGAAGGCUCUUCUUGCCGGUGGUGGUGCUCCAGAAAUCGAGAUUGCACACCAGCUUUCCCUCCGCGCUCGUGAGCUAUCUGGCACAGAGGCCAUCUGCUGGAAAGCUUUCGCAGAUGCCAUGGAGGUCAUCCCCACAACACUGGCUGAGAACGCCGGUCUGAACAGCAUCAAGGUGGUCACAGAGCUGAGGCAUAGACACGCACAGGAGCAGAAGAACGCUGGUAUCAGCAUCAAGAGCGGAGGUGUGAAGAAUGACAUUGCGGAAGAGAACGUUCUCCAGCCACUCCUCGUCAGCACAAGCGCGAUCGAGCUGGCGGCGGAGACAGUCAAGAUGAUUCUGCGAAUCGACGACAUCGCUCUGUCGAGGUAG